AACAAAAACCUCCUCCGCAGCAUCUCAAAAUCAGUUUUCAUUCAUCCCGUCAGUUUGGCGGAUUAGGGUUUCGCCGCAAAUCUGACGGACGGUUGCCAAUGGCCGAGGUUUUAAACGCCGCCGACGAAACUGCCGACCCUCAACCCAACACCGACGAACCUACCAACGACGAGAAGCCAUCCGAUGCCGCUCCCUCUGAGGCCGCUGUACCCGACGCCGCCGCUACAUCGCCACCGGCGCCGCCGCCUCCGCCUCAGCCGACGCGCCGAGGCAUUCGAGAACGAGAACGGGACCCCCGAGAGCGGCGUGAUGACCGUGACCUCGACCGGCCUCCGCGUCGCGAGUACUACGAUCGCAAUAGAUCACCACCUCCGCCGCCGCCGCCACGCGACAGGGAUUAUCAUAAGCGAGGAAGGAUGAGUCCAAGUCCUCCUCCACCGCCCUAUCGAGACCGACGUGGCGGAGGUCCGCAUUCUCCGCCUCCGAGGAGAUCGCCGCCGUUUCCUCCGUAUAAGCGAAGGAGGGACGAUGUUCAUGAUGGAAGGAGGGGGAGUCCGAGAGGAGGAUAUGGUCCAGGAGACCGAAGGUUUGGUUAUGAUUUUCCUGGAGGAUAUGAGCGUGAGAUGGGGGGCAGACUUGGUUAUCCUGAUGAAAAGUCUCAUGGACGAUUUAUGGGCCGCGGCUAUCAAGGUGGUCCAUCUGAUUGGGAGUCUGGCCGUGGUGGUUUUCCUGAUGCUUUUAAUAUGGGAGGAUCCCAAAGGGAGGGAAUGAUGUCUUAUAAGCAGUUUAUUCAAGAGCUUGAAGAUGAUAUCCUACCAGCUGAAGCUGAGCGGAGGUAUCAGGAGUACAGGACAGAAUAUAUAACAACUCAGAAAAAAACUUAUUUUAAUGCACAUAAGGACGAAGAAUGGUUGAAGAACAAGUAUCAUCCUACAAACUUGGUUGGCGUCAUAGACCGGCGGAAUGAACUUGCAAAGAAGUUGGCCAAGGAUUUUCAGCUUGAUUUGCAGAAUGGGACUUUGGAUUUAGGUCCAGGUUUUACCCCCUCAUCAAACAGAACAGAACAGUCCAGUGAGCCUAACUCUGAUGAUGAUACAGAUGCAAGCGGCAAAAGAAAGCGGCCUGGUCGUGGCAGUGCUAAAGAUUCUGACCUUUCAUCUGCUUCAAAGGCUCAUCCAGUGUUUUCUGAGUCGAGACGAAUUCAUAUUGACAUUGAACAAGCGCAGGCUCUCGUACGAAAGCUUGAUGCAGAAAAAGGAAUUGAAGACAAUGUGUUAUGUCGUGCUGAUAAUGAUAGAACAAGCAGAGAUAAGUCGCAUGGAAGCUCAAGUGGUCCAGUCAUUAUCAUACGGGGCUUAAAUGCAAUAAAAGGUCUCGAGGGCAUUGAGCUUCUGGACACUCUUCUUACUUAUCUUUGGCGUAUUCAUGGAGUUGAUUAUUAUGGCUUGUCUGAGUCAAAUGAGGCCAAAGGUUUGAGACAUGUUAGAACAGAUGUCAAGAAUUUGGAUGCAGUUGAUAAUGGUGUUGAAUUGGAGAAGAAACUGGAUUCUUAUUGGCAAGGGAGGCUUAAAGGUUCGGAUCCAGUUGAAGUAAUGUCUGGAAAGGAAAAAAUAGAUGCAGCUGCAGCUGAAGCAUUAGAUCCAUAUGUUCGGAAAAUUAGGGAUGAAAAAUAUGGAUGGAAAUAUGGAUGUGGAGCAAAAGGCUGUACAAAGCUCUUUCAUGCGGCAGAGUUUGUUCACAAACAUUUAAAGUUGAAACACCCAGAACUUGUGAUAGAACUCACAUCGAAAGUGCGUGAAGAGUUGUAUUUCCAGAACUACAUGAACGAUGAAAAUGCUCCCGGAGGGACACCUGUUAUGCAACCAUCAUUUCCGAAGGACAAGCUACAAAGACAUAGGCCUGGCCCUGAUAAUAGAAUGAGAGAUGAAAGAGGCAUUCGCCGGGAACGUGAUAACCGGACUAAUGGCAAUGAGCGGUUCGGUAGGCCUGAGGAUCCCCAGCCUGGGGACUUUGGCAAUGAUGAAGGCGCUACUGGCAACAAUCCUGAUGAACCAAUGUUUGAUUCCUUUGGUCAAGGCAUUCCUGUUGCAGCUUUUGCUUCAGAUAUGCCCCCUCCUGUGCUGAUGCCUGUUCCUGGUGCCGGACCGCUUGGCCCUUUUGUUCCUGCACCCCCUGAAGUAGCUAUGCGAAUGUUCCGAGAACAAGGAGGUCCUGCCCCAUUUGAAGGAGGCCGAAAUGGUAGAUCAGGCCCCCAGUUAGGUGGUCCUUCCCCGAUUAUCUUACCCCCAAAUAUGCGGCAGGAUCCUCGGCGCUUGCGAAGCUACAACGACUUGGAUGCACCAGAUGAUGAAGUGACCGUCAUAGAUUACCGGAGUUUGUAAGGCUCAAUGAGGGGCAAGCCAUAUGCUUGGGUUUGGGUUUUUUCCAUUAAAAAAAGCAGCAGCUACAGAUUACUGCAGGUAUUGGCUGUCUCAAAUAACCAAACUUCCUCCCCUGUCUCAAUCUCAAUCUGAAUCUGCAUUCCUUAAUUUAUCGAAAAAAUAAUGUGGAACAUGUAUGUGUGUGUUGAGAACUUGGAAAGAUUUUUUCUGGGUAAUUCUUGGCUCUCCCCUCAUACUCAGCUAUGAUAUACGAUCAUCACCAAAUGCUCUCACUCUAGUCUAGAGGUUGAGAUGGGGAGGAUUAGUCCUUCACUACGUUGAGUUGUUGGGUGUAAUGAGAUUUUUCGACUCAAUUUUUUUUUUUCCUUUUUAAUGUUGUAAGUUGUUAUUACCUUUUUUCUUAGUGAAAAAUGUGAUGUUUAAUUUGACUUUCCAAAGACUAAUGGUAAAAUUUAAUAUUUCGUGUCACGUAUUUGUGUAUGAUGUGGUAUAAUUAUUGAAAUAAAAUUUAUGUAAAAGAAAUGCAGGUUAUGUAAGGUGAUUAUUUUCGAAGUCUACUCGUUUGUGUAAGUGAAUGUUAAUGUUGAAAAAUGAUCCAUUUGAUGCAUGUUAGUGUUGAGGCUGCUAUAAAUGUGCAGAUUGGCAGUAAUUAGCACACAAUAAUAGCAUAGACAACACGUGUUAUAUUUAUUUGAUUUCAAUAUAAGAUUAUAUAUGUUAA